CAUCCCAACCAUUGAGACCAUCACCAUUAUUUCAAGUACGGUACCAACGGCUAAUUAUUGUGUCUAUCCGCCUGUAGGUCUGUACCUGUACAUCCUGGUCGUGGAGACGUUCACCAGGGAGAACGUCCGGCUGCGUUGCUACGUUCUCAUCGGCUGGGGCUCUCCGAUGGUGUUUGUCUCGCUCUGGGCGGUCGCCAGGUGCCUCUCUCCGCCGCCGACUCUGGGCUGGCAGGUCGACUACUGCUCGUGGAUGCUCGCGCACUGGUCGGACUGGCUCUUCCAGGCGCCGGCCCUCGUCGUCCUCGGCAUCAACUCGGUCUUCCUCAUCGUCAUCAUGUGGGUGAGUACCUUGUACCACCUCGCCACUGAGAAAAAUAGUUAUAAGUCUUAG